UUUCAUCAGACUUCAUCGGGCACUAUUGCAAAUACAACUUGCUCAACCAACACGACUGGAUUAUCCUAUGGUUCCAUGACUGAGUUAUCUGAGGGUAGACUUGCCUCUUUUAUAGACUUUGAAUUUCCAUCCUCAGUUUUGGUGUCAGCAGUUAUUGGGGCUUCAGACUCUGUUCUUACAGGUUGCAACUGACUUUUGACUUAUGUCAUAUCAGUAUUUUGGAUCCCAACUUUUAGAUAUAUAUCCUCAUCCUUGAGUCUCUGAGCCUUGUUGAUACUGGGUUUCAAGAAUCGAUCCUGAUGUGGUGGAGCAUGGUGGUUGUAGGCCAGUGUGCUUGUUUCUGGUACCAUUAUAUUGCUGGUGCCUGGGAUUGAGAGAGCACAUAAGUCAUCAACUGUUGGUCCAAAAGAACCUGGGCAUCAGUAAAACCUUUUUAUUUUUUUGAUAGGUUAAAACCUUGUUGUUGUCCGUUAGGUUAGCUGCUUGAAGCCCCAUUUGUCCCUGCUCUGAUUGAGCGUUAAAGUUGGUUGGGUAAACUGCUUGAAGUCCUGCUUCUCCAUACAAGACAAGGUGGAAAUGAAGUUGCUUUAGAGGAACCACCUAAUUUGGUUUGGAGGGCUCAAUAGGCUCUUUUGGAAUUAAAACUUCAGAAGUUCUCAUAUAGCCCCCCCCCCAUCUUUCGCUUGAAACAUCGCCCCUGCGCUGCAAAUUGAUCCUGGGACUUCCUCUCAUGUUCAACCGCUAAAACUUCAGCAGUCCCUGCCGCCACUUUCUGAUGCUAUGUUUCCUUUCUAUUGUCAUCAGCAACAGUUUCAGAGGUUUCCAGAGCAUUGCAGUCAAGCCUACAAAGUUCACAUCAUGCCAUAUGGCGGCAAGUAACCAGAAUGGAGCAGGAGGCACUUGUGCUGGUAUGGUUAAUGGUGCCUGGCCAGAAAUUGAUGUAGAAGGGAGCGGCAUUAUGGUAGAUCCACCUUCAAUUGGUGCAGAUACUGUAGUUGUAGGUGUUGCAGCACCAUGUGGUGGGAAGUGCCUGCCACCACCCUGGCCACAUCCCCAACCACAAAAGGGGGUUAUGAGCCAUCUAGUCUUGGGUCAAAAUGUCCCUUACCACCCCCUCCAAAGGGCAUACCACGCCUUCUACCUCCAGCUCUAUAAGGAGAUUGCCCAAUCUGCAGAAUAGCAACUGGAACAAGAAGCUUAUUAAAUAUUUCUUUGAAAAUAAAUCUGCCAAACUAGCAAAUUUAGCAUAAAGAUAGCAAGAUAACAAAAGUACAUUUCAUGUAGCUUAUAUAUAUAUAUAAGUGAAGUGACAACAAAAAGUCACAACCUAAAAUGCAUUAUGUAAUAAACAACGCAGGAACCUGAUGAAGACGUUCACUAACUGCUCCGCGACGCAUGUGUACUGGGAAGCUAAUGGCUGUGCCGACAGGUUAGUUAGGAUGGGAGCUGAUCUUACGUCAGACUACCUCUUUUUGUAUGACCCACCGCCUGUGGUGGUUGAUUUAUUGGAUAAUGAUAAAGCCGGGUAUGUUUGUAAUA